AAUACGGAACGAAUGACGACACACAGGAGCUGGGAAUAAGAUAGAAAACGGGUUUCACGUGCUGCGAGAGGCAUUCCCCUACUGACUGCAUGCUUGCAAUACGCGUUGUUUUGAUGACAUGUAACAUAAACGGCAUUAUUACUUCUCCAUUCACUCGGACGGUAGAUGAACGAAGCAACUAUGGCCAACGAAAAUGUGAGCGUGAUCUUCAAAGUGUACUGUCUCGCGGUGAUGACACUGGUGGCAGCGACCUACACAGUGGCACUGCGGUACACCAGGACCAUUUCAACAGAGGAGCUGUAUUUCUCCACAACUGCAGUGUGCAUCGCCGAGGUCAUUAAGUUAGUGCUGAGCUUGGGGAUGCUCACAAAGGAAACGGCAAGUCUCAUCAAACUAAAAGCCACCUUACAGGAACACAUCUUCUGCAGCCCUAAAGAACUGCUAAAACUCAGCGUGCCUUCGGUGGUGUAUGCAGUUCAGAAUAAUAUGGCUUUCAUCGCCCUGAGUAAUCUGGAUGUAGCAGUUUAUCAGGUCACCUAUCAGCUGAAGAUCCCGUGCACAGCCUUGUGUACAGUGCUCAUGCUGAACCGCUCUCUCAACCGGCUGCAAUGGUUUUCCGUCUUUAUGCUCUGUGGAGGCGUUACACUGGUUCAGUGGAAGCCUGUGGAGGCCACUAAAGUUCAGAUUGAACAGAAUCCUGUUAUUGGGUUCAUUGCCAUUGCAGUUGCUGUCCUUUGCUCUGGUUUUGCAGGUGUGUACUUUGAGAAAGUGUUGAAGAGCUCAGAGACAUCCCUGUGGGUGAGAAACAUUCAGAUGUACCUGUCCGGCAUAGUGAUCACCUUGAUCGGUGUUUACAUGACUGAUGGAGAGAGGGUCAUGGAGAAAGGAUUCUUCUUUGGUUACACACCUUGGGUGUUCUUUGUAGUAUUCUUGGCCAGUGUAGGUGGCCUGUACACAUCAGUGGUAGUGAAGUACACUGAUAACAUCAUGAAAGGCUUUUCUGCUGCAGCUGCAAUUGUCCUCUCAAUGGUGGCAUCUGUAAUCUUGUUUGGACUACAAAUAACUAUGACGUUUGCCUCUGGAGCAUUCUUUGUCUGCAUUUCCAUAUACCUGUAUGGACUUCCAAAGCAAGACACAUCCAGAUUAACCUGGAAGGAUACAAAUUUAGAAGACAAACAGAAACUAAUUUCUGUGUGAGGUGCUGACUGACAUCAGACAUUUCUAUGCUGGACCAGGAUGAAGGAAGCCUUUCCUCAUUUGGGGUUAGAGUUGGAUCUGCUUUGUGUCGACGUCAUCAGAUGGAACCGUGAACUGAGUCUCUGAAUACUUUGAAGAAUCUUAGUGGGUUUUUUGUUUUUAUAAAAAGGGGGUGGGGGAGUUUGGGUUUUUUGUAGGUUUUUUUUGGAAACUGCUUAUAGCUAGCUACCAGUAAGCUGGCGAAUCUAUACCCUAACCGGUGAAUUCUUGGAAUUGGAAUCCAAUCUUCAGCCACAAUAAGUAGCAUAAGGAG